AAAAACAAAAAGAUGACGUGAAUUGAAAAAUAAAAAUAAAAAGUAAAUAAUAAUUAAAAAAAGUGGUAAGCAAAUAGGGAAGGUUGCUGAACAGAGUUUCCAGUCUCCAUGUGAGGCCCGCUUCACUUUUCCUUUCGCUGAAGGUUAGGGAAGCAAUAUUGGUAGUGGUAAGAGUAGAAGAGAGUGAAUAGAAAGCAAAUAUGGAAGAGAAAGGAGUGAAGUCGUCGUCGUCUUCAUCGAUGAUCUUCGAAGACAUGAAGAGAAUUGAAGAGCUUUUCAGCAAAGAUGAUGAUGCAAAAGUUUACUCUCAAAUUGCCCUUGGAUCUCAUCCACCUUCCUUCUUCUCCGAUGUCGCUCUUCAGGAGUUCAAGAAUGGUUAUCCAAGUGGUGGACUAGCAGAUAACCUUCUAUGGUCUCAAAAUAUCACUUCCAAGCAGUCCAGCAUCACAGCACCUCUUGAUUCCCAGUCAUCAAUAUGUGUCAGCAGUCCAUAUUCAACUACCAAACCGAAAGGCAGAGAUAAUCAAGCAACGGGAGCUACCAGUGGUUCCUCGCAUGAGCAAUCAGAUGAUGAUGACCUAGAGACAGAAGCUGGUCCUUGUGAACAGAGCACUGACCCUACUAUGGAUGUAAAACGCAUCAAAAGAAUGGUUUCGAACAGGGAAUCUGCUAGGCGCUCAAGAAGUAGAAAGCAAGCACAGCUGGCAGAACUUGAGCAGCAGGUUGACCAACUGCGAGGAGAUAAUGCAGCUUUGUUUAAGCAACUUACGGAUGCUACUCAACAAUUUAAAGAUGCUACCACCAAUAAUCGAGUGCUUAAGUCAGAUGUAGAAGCUUUGAGAGCCAAGGUGAAGCUGGCUGAAGACAUGGUUGCUAGGGGCUCGUUAACGUCUAGUUUGAGUCAUCUUCUACAAAAUCAUUUGACCACUCCUCAGUCAUUCAAUAGUCAGAACAUGUGCGGACUGGGUAAUCUCUCACCAACUAUCACUGUAGGUGGAGAUGAUGUCUCAUAUCCGGGAAUGACAGUUUCUGGGAAAAAUUCAACUCUUGGACUGGAAAAUGCCGAUGCCUUCAAUGGCAGUGUCAAGAAUGGAAUUGUCAGCGAGACCACCAGCUGUGUGUCAGACAAUUGGCUUUGGGAAUCUCAUGUACCUACUACAAUGUCCAAAUAGAAGUAAUGUUCUGGAAUUUGCCCCCGGUGCGUUCUUUUGUUGUUCUGCAGGGGCUGCUUUUCAUUCUGUUCUUCCUUCUUUUUUCUUUUCCUCGUGGUUUUCUUCUUUGGGAUUGUGGUUUAAUCUGGGAUAGUGUUAUUUCCUUUUUAUGUUGGACUCCUAAGUGGUUUGUGCACUACAAAGGCUUGUUUCUCAACCUCCCACACUUGAGAAUUGUAGGCUGUUGGACUCAGUAUUUGGAAAGGAACACCCAAGUAGGCAUGA